AUGAACUAUACUCUUCUCUUCCUGUUCGCGUCGCUCUCAGUUCUUGUUCUCGCUCUGCCAGCUCCCGCCGAUAAAUUGGCAUCCUCAGGUAGUCCUCGCUCUAUCGACGGCAAGACCACGCCUCGACAAGGACUUGCUCUUGGUCAGAAACAUGCUCACAUGGACCGUUCUCGUCACCGCCGCCACCAUCUUGCUGCUCGAAACACGCCAAUACAUUUUCCUCUGACGUUGGACCUCUUAUCCGUUCUCCACGACAUCGAAAUGUACACCGCUACAGCCCUCACAUCUCCUACUGAGUCUGUUCAGCCAACAUCUUCUGCGCCGUCUAAACAUCAACCCAUUUCGACGGCUCAAGCAGAGGUCAUCACUUCCGCCAAUCCCACCGCCAGCCAUUCAACAGCUACUACUGCUGCCGCCUCGCGCACAUCAGACGGAUUCCACCCAGCCGCAGCAAGUCAACCGAGGCCAACCACCACUGUCGAUCCUAGCCUUGCUCACAAAGGCUCUACGAAAGAUGCUCAGCACGUUGAAGGCCAAGAACAUCCCCCAGAGCUGAUCAUUCCCUCUGUGAUACCGUCUAUCUUGACCUUGACUGCGACCCCGACAUCCGACGCCACCGCUACUCAGUCCAGCGUCGAGGAUAUGCCGCUAGGUCCUACAUACGGCCACAGCACAGAGGAAGACAGAUCUGAAAGACUCUCUAUAGUAACCACCAUCAUCGGAGUCCUCCUCGCUUUGGCAAUCGUCGUUACCAUUGUGAAACUCGUCUCGAAUGCCGUCCGACGCAGAAAGCAGGAUGCUGCCCGGAGCAACACUACAAACCGCCGCGGGGGCGGUUCCUCUCACGGCUCACUCGCUGAGACUGCUUCAAGGGGCGAGAAACAUUCGGAGAUAUGGGACGACGGCCGUUCGAGCAUGGUGCAUGGGAGCAUCACCAUGCCGAGUGUCUCUCGUUCUGUGUCCGCCCGGGAGGAACACUUCUACGAUCAGCCGACAAUCCCCUCUGGUUUCGUUGGUCGGAUGAUGCUCUCCAACUCUUUCGACAGCCGUCUAGGCUCAACGCCGACUUUGCCGGACAUCAUGCCUCACCCUCCCAGCCCUCCUGGCGACCUUCCUCCGUUCCCGCCUCCGAAGACACCUGUCCCACCUGUCCCCGCUGAAUAUAGCGCGAUCCUUCUGACUCCAGUCAACAGACAAGAGGUGGACGACAAGCGACUCUCUUCUGCAUCAACAGCCGACGACAGCUUCAUUUCGACCGGCAUGAAGCGUAUGACCGGCGGCUCUGACUUCCUCUCUCGUCCACACUCGACCGGGUCUGUCUCAUUCGCGGGUUUCCAGAUGAACUGGUCAGAGACUUCUGGCGACAGAUCCUCCUGUGACUUCGCCUCGCCUACGCCCACGCCAGGACAGAACGAGUUCAAGAGCGGACACAGGCGAAUGAGGUCUCUGCCUAACACCGCAUCGUUCAUUUCAAGCAGCGGAUGCUCCAUGAACGACAUUAGCAGCCUUAGAGAUAGUACGCAGGCGAGGAGGAGCGAGAUGAGGACCCUGAGCGGGUUGCCGACCAUAGAGGAGGGAUACUGGGAGAGUUUCGGAAGUUUGGAGGCGUACGCCAGUGCGAGAGAAUCGACGGUUUCCCAGAGAUCCGAGAAGUCGGAGGAGGGAGAGCAAGAAGGUGUGUCGGGUGAAGUGAACGGUCCGAAGAGGGUGAAGAGCUUGGAUCUGUAUGCUUUGAGAGACAGGCCGACCUUGUAUGCUUGA